AUGAAAAAUCCAAUCUUAACUCGAGCAAUACAAAAACUUAUUGACUCAAAUUCACUUCUUACUACUAUCGAAUCAUGCACUGGAGGUCUUAUUGCUCAUCUUAUUACUGACGUUCCUGGAACAAGCAGUGUCUUUUGGGGUGGAAGAGUCGUUUAUAACAAUUCUACUAAAAUAGCUCUAGGCGUUUCGCCUGAAUUACUCCAAACCUUUGGUGCUGUUUCUCGGGAAGUUGCUCUUUCACUAGCUAAAAAUGGACUUCUUGAAAUGCAAAAAUUUUCAAAUAAUGAUAACCGUUUGAUUUGUAUUGCUACUACCGGUCUCGCUGACCCUAGAGAAGAAAACUAUCGAAAACUUGGGGGACUAUGUUGGGUUGGGAUAGCCUCAACUGCUCAUCCUCCAUUUGCAGUUCUAGUAGAAGCUUCUCCCCUUUCUAGAGAAAAAACAAAACUUGAAUUUGCAAUGAAAGCAUUGGAACUAAUUGUAAAAAGUCUUGAAUUUAAUGAUGUUAAUUCUGAUAAUUUUGAGGUAGCGAAAAUUUGA